AAUACUACGCGUUACGCUCUGAACAACGAGCGUUUUUGUUUGAUUCAGUUAUAACAACAGGUUUUCAUUCUUUGCAACAAAAUACAUACUUCAACGUAAACUCAUGGUUAAUUGAGAAUAAAUUAAAACUUAGUUAUAGAAGACGUAAUUAUGAUGCUGUUUGAUUAUUUCCAGUCCAUCAUCCAUUUAUGGCUUUUUUCCAGUCCAGCUCCCCCAUCAUCUAUCCCCGAGAAACCUGUUAACCCUCUAUCAUUAAUUCCACAAACCAUAAUAGAGGAUCUAAAAGAGGCUACAAAGUAUCCGGGUCAGCUGAGCCGAUUGAUUUACUUUUUUUCGUCGCCGAUGGGAAACCAUCUUCUAGAUGAUAUUUGGAAUCUGAGAUUGUCCAUUUUUUCAACGAAUGAAAGGAAUUUGUUGAAAUGGACUGAAAUUACCGAGAAAGAAGAAGAAAACCGACAAUAUCAAAAGGACAUGCAGAAAGUUUGGGACGAAAAUUACUUGAUUCUUCUCGAACAUCGAAACGAACAGCUUGAACAAAAAAGGCAGUGGUCUGCUUUAAACGAAGCUUACGCAAAAGCGAUUCGGCUACUUGACCCAACGACGUACAACAUUUUAAAAGCGUUUUCGAAGCUUUUUGGUGUUAAACAAACGAAUAUUAUUCAAGAUACUCUGUUCUUAGUAGGCGAUAUGACAAAAUACUGGUCGGGCGAAUUAGAUGGUCAUCAUAUUGCUGAUCAAAGUGCCCGCAAAUAUGUUGCAGGUUUGGCUACAAAAACAGGUGCCGCGGGCGGGGCAGGUGUGGGUUCAGCUAUGGGAGCCUUGUAUGGAGGAUCGAUUGGGUCUGUUAUUGGAGCAGGUGUCGGAGCUUUGGCUGGUUCUUAUACUUUGCAAUACCUAGCCGAUGUGCUAUACUUUAAUUUAUUGGACUAUUUUCGACCGUUAUCGGAGAGAGAAAAGACUCUUUCUAUGGCAUAUCGUUUUAUGGAACUGCAUCAUGAUGCGUCGAAACAAGAAGUUGAGCAUAAUUAUCGAAUGCUGGCCAAAAAAUACCACCCUGACCAGGGCGGCAAACACGAAGAUUUUCUCGCUCUUCAAGCAAGCAGAGCGAUUAUCACACAAUCGAGACAACAUUUGUAACAUAUUCAAAAUAUUCACAACGAACUUGAAAGUGAUUUCGUAAAGUUGUUAUUUCUGAAUUUUCAUGUGUCCGAUUACACCACCGACAACUGACCCAAGCUUCAACUCAUCUACCUAGUCUAGAGUGACCUAAUAUAUGAUUUGAGAUAAUUUUUUCCAUAUACAUUCUUAUCACUGUUCACAUU